ACACCAUGCGGUGCAACUUCAGUGGAGCCGUGCUGAUCCGAGCGCUCCCUCCACUCCUUGUAACAGAGUUCAUUCUGGGUCUGGUAGGAAACGGUUUGGCUCUGUUCAUCUUCUGCUUCCACCUGAGGCCCUGGAAAAGCAGCACAGUGCUGCUCUUCAACCUGGCAUUGAGCGACUUUUUCCUCAUCCUGGCUCUGCCCAUCCGGGUCAACUAUUACCUCUCAGGCAACAGAUGGAUGUUCGGUGGGACACUCUGUAACAUCUGCCUCUUCAUGCUGGCGAUGAACCGCAGCGGGAGCACCUUCUUCUUGAUGGCCAUCGCCCUGGACAGGUACAUGCGUGUGGUGCAUCCCCACCAUCCUCUCAACUCUCUGAGCGCUGGCAAGGCCAUGCUGGGAGCGAUCGUGCUGUGGCUGGUCCCCAUUACAAUGACCGCCCACGUCUUCUCUAUGCAACAUAUCAAUACAACCCACUGCACGAGGUUCAUGGUGGACACAGAGUCCAGAGGAAACCUGUCCUGGCAUAAAUUCACCUUUCUCUUGUCUUUCUACGUGCCCCUGCUGGUGAUUCUCUACUGCACCUUCCACAUCAUCAGCCACCUGAGGAAGAGACAGCUGGCCCACCAGACCAAGUUCAAGAAGGCUCUGUACCUAAUCAUGGUGGUGGUGGUGUUGUUCAUCAUCUGCUUCCUCCCCAGCAACAUUACUCUGCUGGCCAUGUGGAUCAGGAUGCUGAAAGAAUUCAAGUGUGCUGAUAUGGAGCAGCUAAGCACUGUGUUCCAGAUCACUGUUAGUUUGACUUAUCUCAACAGCGCUCUGGACCCCGUGGUCUACUAUUUCUCCAGCCCGGCUUUUAAGAACAUCUGCAGAAACGCUCUGCAUCUGCCACAGGCAGAGACUGGGGAAAGCACAGAUAGGAAAAUACAUGAGACAAAAUUCCAGUCGCUCAGCCAGCUGUGAUCAGAGAGCUCCAAUCUGCCAAGCAAAAUCUGGUUAAAAUGGAGUCACCGUUUCUCCAUUUAGCAUUACCGCACCAAGGAACUGCCCCCCUCAGCAGGAUGCCGUUGCUAUGAAGCCAAGCUACACCAGACGUAUCUUCCUCUUUGCCUGUGGACCCUCGAGGAGAGAGUCCAUACUGGGGAGACCAGCCACCGAUGCGGUCUGCAUGGGGUUCAAAGACUCACAAGCAUCUGCAAGGUCGCCCAGGCGGAGUAAAGUCUGCUUUCUGUGAAACUAACAUCAUAAUCAAACCAGUGGUGGUCUGACUAAGCUGUGCCGGAGAAAGCUGACCUGGGAGCCAAGCCACUAUCCAGCAGGAGUGCAGAGAUCCCAUGCUGCGACCCUCUUCACAGGCCAGACACCUGCAUGAAGGACCCCGGAGCCGCCUCCUCACAGCCACGCUUCGAGCUAGCCGUAUGCUUCUUGCUGCUGCUGAGAUAACCAGCUUUCCCUUGGAGUAAUUCACUGGCAACCGGAUGCCUGUCGCUACAACCAAAGACAACAGGAGAGGUUCGCAGAAAAAUAGACCGCGAAAGUUUAGAAUGGUUUAAUUAAUGUGUCUUCACAGUAAUUUUAAAGCUUGAUCGAGCUAAAAGGCAUAGCUCCCGUUAGCAUUUUGAAACCAAGUGUUGCUGAUGUAGAUCGGAUGUGUUUUUACGGUUAUGACAAACUUUAUUUCCGUAACGGUUUUAUUCAUUGAUGGGAUAUUAAGGUUUGUGUUUUCCAGUCCACUCAUUACGACCAAAAUAGAGCUUAAGGCCUUUUAAAAUUAGCACCGUAUGUCUGCUAGCACAAUGCUAUUAGCUUCCCGGGAUCAUUUGUGCUACCACGCAGUUACGGUCUGUUUAAACAGGUUUGUCUUCGUUUCGCUCCGUCAUUGUUCAAUAGUGCUAUGCGCAUUAUUACCGCAUUAAUAUGAAACAUUAAUGUUGAUUUAAUGGUGUUUUGUAUAACUUUAGGAUUAACCCAUUUAGUGACCGAUCGCUACAGUGACCCUUAGCUUCCCAGGGGAAUAAUCGCAUUAAUAAAAUAGUGUCCUAAAGAUUACCAAUUUUACUGAGCA